AGAACAAUCAAAGAUGAAAGACAUCAAAAUUCGCCGUCUUCACUGCUUGAUAUCCUUCACCACUUACGAUGACAGCCUCUGACCCAACCUACCCUGCCUUCCCAGUACUGGCUUUGAUUGGCGUGGUACUCGUACUCAUUCCCUUGCCCUGGCACUUUCAAGCAUGGAAUUCAGGAACUUGUCUUUACAUGAUUUGGACGGCACUCGGUCUGCUCAACCUAGCAAUCAACUCCAUUGUGUGGCGAUCCUCUGUUAUCAACUACGCACCAGUUUGGUGCGAUAUAUCCUCGCGUCUCAUCGUUGGAGUUAGUGUAGCGAUACCUGCCGCGUCUCUGUGUAUCAAUCGACGUUUGUACAAAAUUGCCACUAUCAGUACUGUGACUACGACAAAGGCCCACCGACGGAGGGCUAUCAUGGUCGACCUGGCAAUAGCUUUAGGGAUUCCUAUGCUGCAAAUGGUCCUCCAAUUUAUCGUCGAAGGCCAUCGUUUCAACAUCUUCGAGGAAAUCGGGUGCUACCCGUUUACCUACAAUACAUGGCUCGCGUAUCCCUUGUCCAACCUCUGGCCUCUUGUGAUUGGUCUUAUUUCUGCUGUAUACUGCGUUCUGACCCUUCGUGCCUUCAUGAAACGCCGUGCACAGUUCAGCGAAUUCUUGUCAUCCAAUACCUCACUUUCUAUCAAUCGCUACUUCCGUCUGAUGGCACUCGCCACGCUGGAACUUCUUUGCACAACACCCAUCUCGGCCUAUGGCAUAUAUAUUAACCUUGUCGAUAACCCGUUAGAGCCUUGGAAGGGAUUCGCAGAUGCUCAUUACAAUUAUUCUCGAGUUGGACAAUACCCAUCUGUCAUCUGGCGACUGGAUAGUCUCACUAUCGUCUCAACAGAACUUACACGCUGGAGUCUCGUGUUCUGCGCUCUCUCAUUUUUCGCAUUCUUCGGCUUCGCCGAUGAGGCACGCAAGAACUAUCGCAAAGCCUUUUGGGCAAUCGCGAAACUUUUUGGUUUCCCUCCUCCUUUGCCGGCUGGUGCUUCACACAUUCGCGCACCACCCCGUCCUAUCCCAGUCAUGAGCUCAAUCGGUUCAUUACCAGCCUAUUCUCCCCCUUCGUCAAAAUCUUCCAAAUUUCUUUCGACAUCAACCCUGGAUAUCAAAGUGGAGAAGGACUUGUACUCGUAUGUGGUCGACGAUCGUAGUAGUCUUCCAGAUACUCCGACGUCGAUGUUCGGUCUUGCUCAUGAUAUAGGACCACACGCUGUCUAGAUGAUUUUUCGCUUCUGUUUACGCUAUGUAUCUCCUUCAGCUACGCCUUGAUAAUUUGGCAGCUACACAUAUUUUAAGGGACUGCUCCGCUACUCACUUCCCGAUUGCUAUCUCUCAUUCGUUUCUGUGUCAUUCAUUUACCGUAUCUUUUCUGUGUCAUAUGGUGUAUCUCUAGUUGACAUACCAAAUGUCGUCCACAAAGUACAAUGAAAUUUUAAAUGUACUAUGAUCA